AUGGUCGAACAAAUUCUUGAAUUUAACAAUGACUUACAAAUACAAGAUAAUUUUAUUGAUCCUUUAGAUGAUAAUGAAUUGUCUCAUCAUCAUAAAGUACCUAGCAUCCUCGACGAACACGAUUGGAAUGAUAUGGCACAAAUAAUUCAAAACAUGGAUUCGAAACCUGGUAUGACUUUUGCUGCUCGUCAAUUUGCUCAACAGCAUAAACGAAAUAUUUUAUCAUUGAGACAUCAAUUGACUGAAGAAAAACUUAUUAUGCGUGCAUCAUACAAAGGUUAUUCAUUUCAUACAUAUCCAGCAAAGGAAUAUCAACAAAAAUCUUCUAAUUAUAUCAAGCAAUUAGGCAUUUACAAGUUUAUCAACGAUGUCAAAUCAACUAAUCCAAAAGUUAGUCAACAGUGUUUGAAGAAUAUUAUACAGGAAGUGAAUACAACAUUAAACAUGUUACUUAAUUCCAAAAAUAUUAGUGAUCAACAAUAUGUACUUAUGCAUCCUAACAGUUCAAUUAUACGAUUAAAUUAUUUACAUUUUGUACCAGAUACCACCAAGGAAACAGAUUCGCUUCAACCGAUCAUCAUUUGUAAAAAUGGACCCACUUUUAAUCUUGCACAUUAUCUUAGUGAUAUCCUUUGGUCGAUAUUUAAUCAAAUUGCCAGUUGUAAAACAUUUGCAAAUAGUGAUGAUAUAGUUUAUACAUUGGAACAAUAUGUUAAACAUGGUUAUCUUCAUGAAACUACUCAUUUUGUUGCAUUCAAUAUUAACGAUAUUUGUACUAAAUUUUCUCAUGAAAAAGCAAUCAAAGCCUUAGAAAAUUUUCUUAAUAUGCAUUCAUCUGAAUUACAAAAGAUUACUGAAGGCUUAACAAAUAAAACAAUUUUUGAACUUGUUCGUCUUGUUUUACAAAACCAAUAUUUCAUCUAUGAAAAUAAACUCUAUCAACAAAUUCAUGGUGGUGCUUCUGGAUCAUUAUUAACGAUUCCAUUAGCUUGUAUCUAUCUAUUCUAUGGGCAAUCAUCCAUAUUAAUACAUACUUUAAUAAAUAAUAAAAAUGGAUUAUUUGGCAGAUACCGAGAUGACAUCUUUCUUACAUGGAAUGAUUCGAAAGAUGAAUUUUAUACAUUCAUAAAUGGAGUCAUGAACAAUCAGCAACAACAUCCAAGUAUUCCACUACUCCAAACUAUGAUUGGAACUACAGUACAUUUACUUGAUCUCGAAUUAACAAAUGAUAAAGGUCAUUUUAUUACAAAAAUCUAUCAUGAUCCACAGACCGAUGAAUACGAAUUACCAAGUAAAUACGAAUAUCAUACAAAUCGACCAUCAAAUUUACUAAAAGCUGCACUUAAACAUGCAGUACGAUGUUGUUCAAAUCAAGAGGAUUUUCAUAAGGAACAUCGUCAUAUUGAUUUAUGUCAUUUAAUUCGUGGUUUUUCACCUGAUUUUAUUGAUCAAUGUAUUAAAGAAUUUUACAAAGAAUUAGAUAUUACAAUCGAUAUCUAUCAUCUAUUCAAUACUAUUCCAUAUGAAACACUUCGACAAUGUAUUAUCGACAUAUAUGAAAAAGAAAUCAUAUUGAAAAAAGAACAACAAGCACAAAAACAAAACAUCAUACGUAUUCUAUAUCCAGACGAUUGGACUGAACAAAUGGCAAUCAAAAUCAAAGACGAUCUUCUUGUUAUACUGAAAGAAAAUUCGACUAACAAGGAAGCUUUCAAUAAUAUUAAAUUUGAAUUUGUGCCACGUCCACAAACACCAUUGACUAUUAAUGAUUAUUUAGUUGAUAGACGACCACCUCUUUCUAUGUUAACCUUGCCAAACAGAUAA